AUGGCCUCGAACCGAGGAAUUCAGAUUGGAUCCGCGUGGUUUCAACGGAAGCUGAACUUAAGGCCGCAACAUCGGGGCGUACACCUUGUUACUGAGGAAAUCCUCAAGCAGGUGCCUGAACUCUCACAGUUCGCGGUCGGUCUGUGCCAUAUUCAAAUAAUGCAUACUUCGGCAAGUCUUGCACUCAACGAAAGUUGGGACCCUGAUGUCAGAGACGAUAUGGAAAUGAUGCUUAACAAAAUAGUCCCAGAAGGCUUGCCUUAUCGCCACUCAUGUGAAGGCCCUGAUGAUAUGCCAGCACAUGUGAAAGCAUGUUUCUUAGGCUCAUCCCUCACUAUACCAAUCACAGAUGGAAAGUUGAAUCUUGGUACAUGGCAAGGAGUAUGGCUGUGUGAACAUCGGAAUCAUGCUGGCAGUCGAAAGGUUGUGGUAACGCUGUCAGGGUGCCCAAGAGACUCGCCGCUGUCGCCGGUAUCCGCCGCUUCAUGCUCCAGUUAG